AUGGAUUACGUUACACAUUUACCAAAAGAAGAUCCAUCAAUAUCAACAACAUCAAAAUAUAAUUUAAAAUAUUAUGAUCCAGUAAAAUACUAUGAUUUUCAUAUUUAUUAUUUUCAUCGUAUUCCUGAAUCAUUACAAGAGUCGGAUAAAUUACGUGAAAAAUUAAUAGCUGAUUUUCCAGAAGAUUCAAAAAAUGGUUCAAUAUUAAUUAAAAAAUUACCAAAUGAUACAAUAAUUGGGCCUCAUCCAACUCAAUUUUGGGAAGCUGAUGUUCAAAGACCAGAAAUUUUUGUGAAAGUUUUAAGUUGGUUUCAAUUAAAUCAUGGAAAUUUAUCAGUUUUAAUUCAUCCUCAAACUGGUAAUGAUUUAAAAGAUCAUUUUGAUUAUGCUUUAUGGUUAGGUGAUAAAUUACCUUUAAUUAAUGUUUUUCCACCAAGUGAUGGUAGUAUACCUGAAUUUGGUGUUAAAGGUGGUAAAAGAAUUAAAACUGAAGAUUAUGAUGAUUUUAAAACUGUGUUAGAAUAG